AUGUCUCGAUUCUUCCGUGCAGGAGAGAGCGAUUCCGACGACACAGAGUCCGACUACUCCGAGGGCCUGUCUGCCUCUGACUCUGAGGACCACUCCGACUCUUCUGAAGAGUCCUCCUCUGAUUCUGACGACCAGGCCACUGACAAGAAGGCUGCUGCCUUCAGGAGACGUCUUUUGGAUUCCGACUCUGAGAGUGAUGAGGAAAUCACCCGCACCGUGCGUUCUGCAAAGGACAAGCGAUUCGACGAGAUCGAUCAGGCAGUGACAGCGAUGGCCAACGCCCAAAAGAUCAACGAUUGGAUCUCAGUCCAGAAUGAAUUCGAACGUGCCAAUAAGGCACUUCAAAAGUCUGCUGGCAUCAUUUCCCAGGCUGGUGUCCCCAAGUUCUAUAUCAAGGCCGUGGCAGAACUUGAAAAGACCAUCCAGGUCGCUCUGGAGAAGGAAAAAUCGGCCUCCAAGAAGAUGAAUGCAUCUAACGCCAAAGCAUUGAACGCGAUGAAACAAAAGAUCAAGAAGAACAACAAAACCUACGAAAGCCAGAUUCAGGAGUACGAGAAAGACCCCGACAACUACGGCGUCGAGGAGGAGGAGGUUGUCGAGGUCAAGACUAAGGCCAAGAAGCCGAAGAAGGCCGUUGUUUCAGACUCAGAGGAAGAGGACGAGGAGGGCGAGCAGGUCGACGACGGCUUCACCCCCGUGGGUCCUGGCGGAAAGACUAUUGAGCUUACGCAGGAUAAUCUAUUUAAGAAACUGAGGGAGAUUGCUGAGGCUCGCGGUAAGAAGAAUACGAACCGCGGGGAGCAGGUCCGCAUCUUGGAGAGACUUCUCGUCAUUGCCAACACCCCUUAUCAGAAGAUCAGAGUCCUCCUCAGCUUGAUCUCGGCCCAGUUCGACUUUGCCAUCGGUCUUUCGGGCUACAUGAACAUCCCUCUUUGGAAGAACGCUGAAAAAUACUUGAACAACCUUCUGAACGUUUUGGAGACCAGCAAUGGAUAUGUCGUCAAAGAAAACGUUCCAGAGGAAGACGACAGUGACAAGGACCGCACCCCACAGAAUGGCGAGACGGUCUUCAUUCAAGGAUCGAUUGUCGCCUUUGUUGAUCGUCUAGACGAUGAGUUCACGAAGUCUCUUCAGAACAUUGAUCCUCACACCACCGAUUAUAUCGAUCGUCUCAAGGAUGAAGUCAGUCUUUACGCCGUCAUUGUUCGUUCGCUUGCGUAUUUUACUCGUCUCGAGGCGACAGACGCCAUCUCCCGCAUCACCAUGAGACGUUUGGAGCACUUGUACUUCAAGCCCGAGCCUGUCAUUAUUGCGGUCGAAAAUGCCACUGCUGCGCUCUUGCCCUCGGGCAUCAUCCAGGCCACUCAGGACUCUUCCAAUCUCAUCCACGAGCUGUGCGCCUUCCUGUACAAGAACGCAUCAUCUCUUCUCCGCACUCGUGCCAUGCUCUGUCACAUCUAUCACCACGCGCUCCAUAAUCGCUUCUUCCAGGCCAGGGACAUGAUGUUGAUGUCGCACUUGCAAGAGACCAUUCACCAGGUCGAUAUCACCACCCAGAUCCUGCACAACCGCACCAUGGUUCAGCUCGGCCUCUGCGCCUUCCGCGAUGGAAUGAUCAGAGAGGCGCAAACGUGUUUGCAGGACAUCUCUGGGACUGGUCGCGUCAAGGAGCUGUUGGCCCAGGGUCUUUCGCUCCAGCGCCACAGUACUGCCAGUCCUGAGCAAGAGAAAUUGGAACGCCAGCGCCAGCUUCCUUUCCACAUGCAUAUCAACCUGGAGCUCUUAGAGUGUGUCUACCUGACCUGCUCGAUGCUUCUCGAGAUCCCGUCCAUGGCUGCAGCCAACACUCACCCCGAACUGCGUAAGAGGGUGAUCUCGAAGCCUUUUCGCCGCAUGCUCGACUACAACUCUCGCCAGGUUUUCUCGGGACCCCCUGAGAACACCCGCGACCACAUCAUGGGCGCUGCUAAGGCUCUGGCUAACGGUGAAUGGCAGAGUUCGGUCGAACUGAUCAGCGCUAUCAAAAUUUGGGACCUUAUGCCCGAGUCGGCGAAGAUCAAGGAGAUGUUGAACCACAAGAUUCAGGUGGAGGGUCUGCGUACGUUCCUGUUUACGAACGCAUCGUACUACUCUUCGAUCAGUCUUGACCAGCUUGCCAAGAUGUUCGAGCUGCCUUUGGCCAGUACUGUUUCGAUUGUGUCGAAGAUGGUGUGGAGCGAAGAGCUGUCGGCUAGUAUUGACCAGGUCAAGAACGUGGUGGUUUUGCACCAUGUGCAGCUUUCGAGGCUGCAGACUCUUGCUCUCGGCUUUGCUGAUAAGGCCACUGGAUUCGUGGAGGGCAACGAAAAGUUGUUGGAAUCCAAGACUCCACAGCAAGGAGAGCGUCCCAACAAGAAGGGACCGAACGCAAAUAAAGAGCAGUCGUCUGGAAAUAAGCAGCAGCAGCAGCGCACCAUGGGUCCCCGCGGCAGUCGCGGAGGACGCAAUCAAUUCAAUAAUGGACUUGGCAACAGUGUGCGCGGUGGUCGCAAGUAA